UCAGUGGGACUGGACAAGAGACCCCACUGUUGGAGCGCAUUGUGUGUGGAGCCUCAAACAGCUAUACAGCCUGGGAAGGGGAUUUCACGGCAGGGAGGGGCUCUACAAGUGUUUGUGUGCAGCUGAAGCUGUGGCCAUGGAGAAAUCUGAGGAAUCCCGCCCUAUGGAAGAUCCGUGGAAGUGUGGGGACUGUGGGAAAGGCUUCCGUGUCCCAUCUGCCCUGGAGACUCAUUGGCGCAGUCACACUGGGGAGAGGCCAUUCCCCUGCACUGACUGCCUUCAGACAUUCCUCCCACGUGCUGGCCCACCUGCGGGGCCACAUGGGAGAAAACUCCAUCAGCUGUCCCGAGUGCGGGAAGGCCUUCCUGUUUUUCUCUGCCCUGUUGGCCCAUCGGCGGAUCCACACAGGAGAGAGGCCGUUCAGCUGCCCUGAGUGUGGGAAGGCCUUCAGGUAUUCAUUCAACUUGUGGACCCACCGGCGCGUCCACACGGGGGAGAGGCCCUUCAGCUGCCCUGAGUGUGGGAAGGCCUUUACCCACGACUCUGCCUUGUGGAGCCAUCGGCAUGUCCACACCGGGGAGAGGCCCUUCAGCUGCCCCGAAUGCGGGAAGGCCUUUACCCACAUCUCCUCCCUGAUGAGGCAUCAGCGGGUCCACACGGGGGAGAGGCCCUUUACCUGCUCUGUGUGGGAAGGCCUUCAGCAGUUCCUCCACCCUGCUGACCCACCAGCGGAUCCACACCGGGGAGAGGCCCUUCACCUGCCCCGAAUGUGGGAAGGGCUUCACCCACUCCUCCCACCUGCAGAGCCACCAGCGAGUUCAUGUGCCAUCGCAGGGGGAUUGAAGGAGUGACGGCCGAAUCCCAUUAUCGACAGGGGAGGUGUGGUGUGUGCACUUUGACCCUGAGCUGUUCAAAAAGCAACUACUUUUUUUCUGCCUUUUUG